AUGGGGAGUGGAUUUAGUGCUCUAAAACUAGUCAAACCAUUCCUUCCGUUCAUACCGGAAGUGCAGCGUCCUGUCAAUGUGGUUCCUUUCAGGGUGAAGGCCAUGUACACUGGGAUCUCUCUCGUCAUUUUCUUGGCCUGCAGCCAGCUUCCCCUCUAUGGCAUACACUCCACAACAGGUGCCGAUCCAAUGCACUGGAUGCGUGCUAUUCUUGCUUCAAGCCGUGGGACUGUCAUGGAGCUAGGAAUAGGUCCUCUUGUGACUUCCGGGAUGGUGAUGCAGUUUUUAGCUGGUUCAAAGUUGAUUAAAGUAAACAAAGAUGAUCGUGAAGAUCGCGCACUUCUAAAGGCUGCAGAAAAGUUCUUGAGCAUUUUGAUAGCUAUUGGUCAAGCUGCUGCAAACCUUUUCAUGGGAAUGUAUGGUCCUCUAGGACUACUUGGAGUGGGAAAUUCUAUCCUCAUCAUUGCACAACUCUGCUUUGCCAGUAUCUUAAUGAUGUGCUUAGAUGAACUUCUCCAGAUUGGAUAUGGCCUAGGCUCUGGAAUUUCCCUCUUUACGGCAACCCAUAUGUGUGAAAAUGUCAUAUGGAAAUCAUUUAGUCCCACCAAUAUAAACACUGUUUAUGGACCUGAAUUUGAAGGUGCUAUCCCUGCCUUGUUCCAUGGACUGCUAAAACAGAGAAACAAGACGCUAGCUCUCCGAAAAGUCCUUUUCCGAACAAAUCUUCCUAAUGUUACAAAUCUGCUUUCCACAGCCUUUAUUUCUCUACUUGCCAUCUACUUACAAGGAUUCCGUGUGCCUUUGACUGUGACGAGUAAUAACCUUAACAGCCGCUUUAGGCAGCGAGGCACGUAUCCGAUCAAGCUGUUCUAUACCUCCAAUAUGCCCAUCAUUCUACUCUCGGCAUUCAUAUCAAACAUUUAUUUUCUCUCUCAGUUACUGUUCACGAGAUUUGGUGGAAAUAUUGUUUUGGUGAAUCUUCUCGGUAGCUGGAGUGAAUCCCAGUAUCCGGCCAGCCAUUCUAUUCCUGUCGGUGGUCUUGCAUAUUAUAUCACCGCACCAUCAAGCUUAGCUGAUAUGGCAGCCAGUCCCACGCGGGCACUUUUUUAUCUAGUGUUCAUGUUAUUUGCACGUGCAUGGUUCUCAAGAAAAUGGACUGAAGUUUCUGGAUCCUCUGCUAAAGAUGUUGCUAAACAGCUCAAGGAUCAAAAAAUGGUAAUGCCGGGUUAUCGCGAAGGGCAGUUAGAAGCCGUGCUGAACCGCCACAUACCCGUAGCUGCAGCAUUUGGAGGAAUGUGCCUUGGUGCCUUGACAGUGUGCGCAGAUAUGAUGGGUGCAAUUGGUUCGGGGACAGGAGUUCUUCUUGCUAUCAGCGUCAUAUAUCAGUAUUUUGAGAUGUUCGAUAAAGAGAGAGUCAGUGUGUUCGGUUCUUUAGGGUUCUAA